CUUCCGAAACUAGAUUCGAGGUGACUUUCGCUACGGCCCAACUGUUUCGCUUAUAUUAUAAAAAGUAUGCUUCAUCGUCAACCCUACGUUCAGUUCGUUCUAUUCAUUCAUUUGUUUACCUAGCUCCAUCCAAGUGAACCAUCACCAUGAAGCAAUUGAAAAUGCAAUCGGUUUUCUUCUUGAUCUUCAUCUUGCACCAAUCGCUAUGCCAACAAACCUCCCAACAAUUCGGUCAACAAACGUCUCAACAAUUCAGCCAACAACAAACCCAGCCCCAGCAACAGUAUAGUCAGCAAACCGCCCAAUACACCGCUACUCCACAGUCAGGCAAAGUACAACUGGAAGACAUCGAACGUGACAACUUGAAAAACACCCAAACACCCACGACCAACACCCAACCACAAGUGCAACCCCAACAGUACAUAACGUACCCUCAAGACCAGCUCUUCUACACGUUGCAACCUCAACAGGCCGCAGCUAUUUUCCAAAACCCUCAGCAACCAGUCACCUCUUUGUACGCGGCUCAGCCAUCAACCUCUGGAAUCGUAUCGCCUCAACAACAGCAAUUCUUCGUGCAACCUUACUACACUCAGCAAGCUGCCGCAGCUGCCCCUCAAUCUUACCCUUCGUACGUUGAUUUUGGUAACUUCCCAUUUUAUCCAGCUGUGUAUCCGUAUGCCGUACCUCAGACAGCUUCUCAAACCGGUCAAGUUGCUCAAGUAUCUCCAAACGUAGUCAGUGAUUACUUCAAGAGCGCUGCUGCUGUUCAACCAUCUGCAGCUCAAGUCAAAACUCAACAGAUCCCUCAAGUGCAAGCAUCUCUGAAGGCUGCACCAACUGCUCAAAUACCCAGCUUGAACAACUACCUGUUAAGUAACACUUUGCCGAACACGUAUUACCAACCAGUCUCGUUCACUCAGCCACAAAAUCCGCAAUUCUAUUCGUACAACUCGUUUUACCCAACUGUACCAAAUACUGCUGCCAAGAGCGUCUUCAGCUCCGGUAUCAAAUCCACCACUCCAUCGUCUCCCACUAAGCUAAAAGAAGAACCAUUCGUUCCAGUCAACAAUGGUAACUACAGGUAUGACUUCGCCACUGCUGAACAAAACAACUACAAUAAAGUUAGAGUAUCUGGUUAAGUUUUUGUUGCCAAAUUAAAAAUUCAUCCCCCCCCCCUCAAUUCCUUAUUUGACUUUCGAUUUUAUAAACUAACUGUAGGUAGCUGUACUUUGUAGACAUCGUUUUAUGUUUUCCCUUUUAUUGUCUGUUAAAUAUAAAUUCCCUAUUUAUAUAUCCCAAGCUCCGAGUUGAGUGUUACGUGAUAGACUCGAAUGUACAAAAUAGGUUGUCAUCGGCCAUAGACUUUUAGUUAUCUUUUUUUUAAUACGAAUUUUGUAUAAAAUAUAUUUUUAAGUAUUUUUUUUUUAAAUAAGUUUUUCCGAUUAGUUUAACUAGUCUUAUUUUUGUGUUACAUAUUUUUGUUAAAAAACGAAAUUAUUUUACCAUCGAUAAAAGAACGCGUUCUGUAACACGAAGAAAAUAAAUUUUAUUUAUUUUAAACUUU